AUGGCCAAAUUUCUGCAGUUUGUAACGGUGAUUCUAAUAUUACAAGCUCCUGGUUUUGACGCUAUUGUAGCCUCCAACGAGAAUUUGAUUUACACCCAAGUGUUCACGGGAUACAAAAAGGAACUCCGCCCCGUGUGCGGGGAUGACGCUCCCGUUGAAACAAAGAUCGGAAUUGCCGUACGACAAAUCAUGGAUCUGGAUGAACCAAAACAAGUUCUAACUCUCAACCUGUGGAUUCGAAUGAACUGGUUUGACUGUCGACUGCAGUGGAAUCCGGCAAACUUCGGCGGCGUCGAUUCCUUGAUUGUACCUAACAGUAAACUGUGGAUACCGGACAUAACACUGUAUGAUAACGCUGGCGUUGGAAUACCCGGAAUCAAAGACUACCACCUGUUAUUCACGUCUACCGGAAACGUCAUUUACAACUUCCCGACCGUCCUCAACAGCCUGUGUCUGAUGGACGUGACCUACUUCCCGUUCGACACUCAGAACUGCCUUCUAAAGUUCGGCUCGUGGGCGUUCCACGGGUUUCAGGUCGACGUCACGAACAGGUCCGGGACCGGAGACACGGCCAACUUCAUGCUGAACGGGGAGUGGAACCUGCUGGACAUCCCCGUCAAGAGACACGUGCUCCUCUACAGCUGCUGCCCAGAGCCCUACCCUGACGUCACGUUCCAGAUCACGCUGAAGCGCAAGCCGCUCUUCUAUAUGCUGAACCUACUGUUCCCGUGCAUUUUAAUAACGGCGGUGGCUGUUCUAGGAUUCUUACUCCCUCCCGUCUCCGGGGAGAAGAUUUCUUUGGAGAUUACGGUGCUGUUGUCGCUGGCUGUUUUUCUUCUGAUCGUGUCGUCAAGUUUGCCGCCCACUUCAGAGACAUUUCCAUUUAUUGGUGUUUACUUCUGUCUGGCCAUCUUGCUGGUGACGUUGUCGACGGUGUUGUCAACGCUCGUACUGAACGUCCACUUCAAGGGGCAGCACUCCAGGGCGGUUCCUAGGUGGGUGCGCGGUGUGUUCCUGGAGUUUCUAGCUAGGGUGCUGCUGAUGAAGGAGAGGACGACGUCCGUGCAUCCGCAAACACAGGUAGCACCCGGCGACCUCGGUCACAACACGCACUCGGACAUCGACUUCAAGAAACCAAUGUCCAAUGGAAUACCGAAUGGAAGACCUCACAUGCUUGCCCAUCCCAACCUCGAGGACAAACUACAAGACUUAGAUCUGUCCCCUACUUUGACAGAGUUCUCUCCCGUUGCGGGAGUUCUCCGGAAGCAGCUGCACGAGCUGCAGAAGAUAAACGAGUUCAACGAUUCGAAAGAGAGGCAGGGGAACGUGGAAUCUGAUUGGAUGAAGGUUGCCAGGGUUCUAGACAGAUUAUUCUUGGCCAUGUUUCUUGUCCUCCAGCUGUCGAUCACGCUUGGAGUACUGCUCAAAGUUGCCACGUGA